AUGGACGACGAGGAAGAGGAAUUCAUUCCUCCGCCACCACCUCCUGGACCACCACCGCUUCUGCGAGAAGAUCAACUCCUGCACCUUGCUCGGCAGGGAUGGCUAUUCCUUGAACUACCGGACGCUCUGUCGCAGAGUAUGACGGACUUGCUGAGACACUCCUCGCAAUACUUCGACGCCCCCGACAUAGAGAAAAAAGAACUAUACCCGUCCAAACUAGGCACUGAGUUUGGAUAUUAUCCUAUUGCAGAAGAGAAAGAGUACAUAACCCUCCGGUGUCGCAUCCACACCGAUCCGAAUGCAAAAGCCAAACCAGCUGCAAAGCUGGCAGCGAGCCUCGAGGCCAGCACAGUCGAUGCCUGGCACCACGCUGGCGUCCUACUAUGGCGCAUCCUGUGUGACAUCGCCAGGGCCAGUGACCUAGAUGUAUCUGUCUGGAAUGACAUUCUAGACGGCACGCUCGACAUGCCUGACUCCGAGGAUCAACUGACUUAUGCACUCAUGCGCCUGUUCCGAUACUUUCCCUCCACUGGCCAUGCCGAAGAACAUACAGAUCUUGGUUUGCUGACGCUCUGCAUUGGUGACGGCACAGGGCUACAAGUAUUGGAUCGAUUCAACUCUGAUCAGAAGCCUGCAUGGGUUGAUGGGCCCGUCGGAACCCACACGGCAACGGUCUUGGUGGGCCAGACAUUGAGGGCACUUUCUGCUCGGACCAUGACUGCCGGGGCACACAGAGUUGUAGGAAAUUCUCAAGGAAGGCAGAGUGUUGUGUUUGCUCUGAGACAUUCCACGAGACAUGAUGUAGAUUUCAGUCUCUUCGGCGGCGAAGGAAAACUCCACCCAACGGAGCUGUGGAAAACGAUCCAAGCCGGUAAAGUCAACAUCAACACUGAGAAAGAAAAAAGAGAUGCACAGCGAGCGAGAUUUCGUACGACAAGGCCAGGAGCUGAAGCUGAAGCUCUUGAACAUGCCACCAGAGGCCAGGGAUAA